UACUUACAGCAGAACUUGAACACAUCUUUAAUAUUGGAUAUACAUCAGCUAGUGAUCCUGAGACAACGUUCGCAUGAUGAGUGAUGUGAGUGAUCAUGAAGGGGAAGAGGGAUCAUCUCAGCUGUUACGAAAUGAACUUGAGAAAAUUGAGGACUUCAAGCUGAUUGCUCAAGCUGAAGCUAAGUCGGAGUACAUUGUAGAGAAGCGUGAGGGGACUAUCAAACAGUUGAUCUCAAGGAAAUACGAAACACUCUUGAUUGAGAGAUUGCGGGUUUUGAAGGAAGAGAUCAAAUGGAUGAGGAAGGAAUAUGACAAGCGGUGCUCAUCUGCAAUGACCGAUUUGCGUUGGUCUGUUUCUCUUUUUCUGACGAAUCAUUUACAAAGCUGCAAGGAACCGCAAUCAUUUCACAUCAGCAACAGUUUCCGUCGCUCUGUUGAUCAACUUCUGGAAGACCGGAAAGAACAAGCUGCUGUCGAUAUCAGCAUCAUGAAUGAUAUUACUGAGUCUAUGAAGACUCUGAAAGUUCAAAAUCGUGAAUUUCCGGAUCGGAUCUCCAACAUGAACAUGUUGAAGCAAGACAUGGAUGAUUGCUUUAAGACUCUGAAUGGUCUUCAUGAGGAAUUGGACAAGAUAUCGGCCAUAACAGAUGAGCGGAAGAAGUCGAUCCUCCCAUCUAAAAUUGCGAAAAUGGAAGAACUCAUCUUUCUUCGACACCAGCAAAAGACAAAGGCCAGAAAAUCUCAAAUAUUCGCGGAAAGUAGAGAAAAUGUUUCCAAGCUGCACUCAGAAGUUGAAGCCCUUCGCCAAUCGUUAACAGUAAAGGAAACCUUGUGCGACGAAUUACGAACCCAAAGGAAUGCUAAAUUUCGGAAACUUGAAGAUGCUUUAAAUGUUCAAGACCCUACCGUUAAAAACAUCGAAAAUUCUGGAAACGAAAUAUAUGAACAGCUUCAAGCGUGCAAGCAUGGACAAAACAGUCUCACAGCUUCUCUGAAAGCCAAUGAAACCUUCAGAGUAUCUGACGAAGUUCUUCAACUUGAAGAUAAAAGCAAGCAACUGGACGUUCUGAUCUUGGAAAAGUCCAAGUUGCUUUCGGAAAUGCGAGAAAUGCAGAGUGAAGCUUAUGCUUUGAAGGAACAAGCAUUGAAAGCAGAGGGUGAAGAAAACGCCAGGAAACAGAUUCGGCUUCAGGAACUUGAAACAAAGCAGAAGGAGUUGGAAAUGAGAAUUGAUCACGUUGGAGUUGGACCAGCAUCCGAAGACAAUGACUGCUGGUCCUCAACUUUGAGCAGCACCGAUGACAAGUUCUCCAAUCGCUGCUAUGCAUUCCUCUCGUCAGAAAAAACCCGGAAACUCGUCAACAUCCUGGAAGAAUCGAGACUUUCCAGUCUGGACGCUGUGCAGGAAAAUAUGCAGAAUUUCAAUCAGUUGAUUGAAUCUUGGAAAGCCAUUCUCGGGUUUUUUGGCUCUUCGUCCACGUCUUUCUUGAACGCCGAUGACCUGAACAAUCCGUUGGAAAACAUCUUUGGAAAACCCAGCAGGGAAGAGCUAUUGGCGGUGUUGAAAGUGUUGGACGCUCAAGUUGGUGCUAAAACAGAGGAAAUAGAAGCAGUGUUGCAAAACGAUGGAUUGCACAUGUGGCAGUGCAUGGAAGGUGUGAAUGAACUACGAUUCUUGUGGCAGAGUUUCGUUGCUUCGGGAAAUGGUUUCCAGGACCUCCUACGAAGUGCGGUCGAAGACGCGGAGAACUUCUUCGGGAAGAUUCGUGCCUUUGAGCAAGUUCUGGACCAACCGGAAUCGUGUAAUGUGGAACCGACCAACUGCUCUAGAGCAGAAUGGAAAUCAGAUUCCGAUGUCGAGGAAUAUUCGAUUGCUCGAGAGAAAAAACUGAAAGAUCUUCGGGAGCUUCGUAAAACUUUGUCCGGUUUCCUGAAUGGAGUGGAGGAAAAUUGCCUGACAGCGAAACUGCAGUUUUUGACGAAUGGAUUGCUCGAGAAAAUCGCCUCUGCUGAGUUGGAUCUGGAGCAGCGAAACUCUCAAAGACGGACGUUGCUUGUGCAGAUUGCUUCAGAAAUGGAACGACGCCAAUCUUUGACAAACGAAAAAGCGGAUAGACAAAAUCUGUGCAACGAUAAGUUUUCGCAAAUUUGUGCCAUAAAAGAUGGCAUGCGGCAUUUGCUUGAAAACACGAGAUUCCUGGAUGCGUACGACCUGAAUUUGGAAGCGGUUCUGUCUCAUGACUCACCCAUGUUUCCGAACAUCGAUCUCAUGGCGGUCAGCUCUAAGCAGAGGCAAGUUUCUUCCGAUUUGAAGACGGAACUGCGGAAAAUGAUUCUCGAGAAAGAAAGUAACUUGAAGAACCUCGAGGCUGAAAGGAACGAACUUUUUAACAGCAAGGAAUCAUCGGACUUGCAAAUAGAGGAAUGUUGCAGAAAGUUGGAAAAAUUGAGAAGCCAGCUUCAGUUGGAAAAGUCGAAAUCGCUUCAAUCUGAAGUGGAUCAGAGUCGGCUGAACGCUCUUACUUUGAAAGAGCUGCAAGAAGAGGAAAAAGAACUCAAGGCGUCGAGUUCGAGUUUUUCCCGAAAAAUCAUGAGAAUAAACAAACAACUCGCUGUCAAGCAGCGGAAAUUGCUCGAAGCAAAGGAAGCGGUCAAAGAGAAGGAAUCGGACGCGAAGAAAAAGUCUGAAUUGAUGCAGAGCGUCAAACAACGUGAAGCCCGGAUCAAAGAGCUCAAAAGAUCCAUGGAGAAAGCAGAGACGCUUGUAAAACUAAUGCUGGAAGAGUCAUCGGCUGCUGGUAGCAACAGUUUGCAACCAGCGGAAGCUGCUGCUGGAGGAGACACAUCAUGGCUGAAAGAAGAAAUUGAGCGCUUGAAGAAACAAAAAGUCGCUUCUCAUGAAGCAGCUCAUCAAGAAACGCCCAUCUUGGAUGCAUCAUCCGCAGCUACAGCUCCAACGCGUAGGAAACGAUCAGCAUCUGAAGGAUACUCGUUCCGUGCUUUGUUUGCGAGUGAUACUUCAAUGGAUUCGGUAGCAGAGCCUCCAGCAGCAGCAGCAGCAACAACAACAACAGCAGAUAAACAACUACCUGCUGCUGAGCAGGUGACAUCAUCCACCAGCGUUAACCAAAGAGGCAAGGUGCAAAGGAAGGAGUUCGCUCGAAAAAAGGCUCCUGGUUUCUGGGAUGCUGUGGAUCCGGUAGAAGAUUCGGACCUUGAGCUACCAUCUCCGUCGGUGAGUGAUUCCAUUUAUUUUGUAAAUCCAGACGAUCCUAUUCAGGGAGGGGAAGAGGACCCACUGGGAGGAGAGUCACUUUCAUGUGAAGGGUCGUUGUAUUCACUGGAGAAGUGAAGAUGAUUUAGGACGAAGCUUCCAUGUUUUUCUUUAUACUGUAUAUCAAUCGGUACAUAUACUUACGUAGGUACAUUAAAUUCGCUGUUGAGGGAUUUUCGUUUUUCUAUAGUUCUUGAGAUGGGACGAAAUUUGUUGCUUGGCUUCAGACCAGAAAGGGGUUGCGUUGUUGAAUAAUUUUUAAACCUUCUGAUGUUGGAGCAAUCAAAAAGUAUAGUAACUGCACUGAAGUAUGUUUAUACGAUGCGAGAAAUCAUUUUCAAGUGUAUAUGCAUCCAUGAAAAAUGCAAAUGCGUGAUCAGGUGUGUUCUGAACAACUGCUCAGUUUUUCGUUUGUUUUUUUCUUUUUCUGAAUAUCUUGCUUUAAGCACGGCUGUGACGGCAAAAAUUAUCUAAACUUGUGGCUGGCAGUUUAGCCUUUGCUGUCAAUGUCCUCUGCAAUUUUAGUAGCUUUGAAUUUGUUUUUCGUGAAGAAAAAACUCUCAAGAUGUCGCUCUUCUUGAUUAUUUGCUCGAGGUUCUUUUUUUUUUGAAGAUGAAUUUUUGAAUGCCCUUUAUCCAACGACCAGUCUUAGUGAAACUUUUGUGUCGAAAAGAGUGCUUUUCUGUUGGAAAAUCUGUGAAUAAGAAAAUUCGUUGCAAUAAAAAUGUAGAAUACAG